UUUCGCAAGCGUCCGUUCAUCCCAGUCACACCACACGCCCCUCACCCCGUGCCAGUCGAUUCGCGCAACAAGUGGCCGACGCUCGCGCCCCUACCGGCCGCCGCGCGAAGCUCCGGCACGCGCGCGCGGUAUAAAACCCCUCGCUCCGGGCACUGCGCCGUCAUUCCGGAAGCGGCAGUCGGCGAGGACGCACGUGUGGUUGAAAGUCUGCUUUUCUUCAGUGUCUCGAGUACGCGCGCUGCUAAACCGCUGACAUGCCGGUGAAUAUCGCUUCCGUUCUGGUCGCGGACGCUGUCCACGAAAGCUGCGACCAAAUCCUGCGCGAGUACGGCAUCUCCGUGACUCGAAGGCUACGCAUGACACCCGAGGAGCUGUUGGAGGAAGUCAAGAGGCACGACGCGCUGGUGGUGCGCUCCGAGUCUAAGGUGACGGCAGAGGUGGUGGCUGCGGGGGCGGGCGCGUCGCUGCGCGCCGUGGCCAGGGCCGGCACUGGCGUCGACAACAUCGACGUCGACGCCGCCACCCGCCGCGGCGUCAUCGUCCUCAACACUCCUGGGGGCAACUCUGUGAGCGCCUGCGAACUCACCUGCUCUCUCAUCACCGUGCUCGCCAGGAACGUGCCGGCGGCGUGCCAGUCGCUGAAGGAGGGCCGCUGGGAGCGCAGCAAGCUGGCCGGCUCGGAGCUCAGCGGCAAGACGCUGGCCGUGCUGGGGCUGGGCCGAAUCGGCAGGGAGGUGGCGGCGCGCAUGCGCGCCUUCGGCAUGGCGACCAUCGGCUUCGACCCUCUGGUGAGCGCCGAGGCGGCACAGCAGUUCGGUGUGGAGAAGCUGGAGCUGGAAGAGAUCUGGCCACGCGCCGACUACAUCACCGUGCACACACCACUCAUUCCGCAGACCAGAAAUCUGAUUAAUGAUGAAGUGCUCAGCAAAUGCAAACGUGGUGUCCGCAUCGUCAAUGUCGCAAGAGGAGGGAUCAUCGAUGAGAAGGCACUGCUGGUGGCUCUAAAUGACGGCCGCUGUGGUGGCGCUGCACUGGACGUGCUGACAGAGGAGCCGCCGCGCUCCGAUUGGCUGCUGGAGCUGGUGCGUCACCCGCAGGUGGUGGCCACGCCCCACCUGGGAGCCAGCACCGCAGAGGCGCAGCGGCGCGUCGCCAGGGAGGCGGCCGAGCAGCUGGUGGCGCUCUCUGCCGCCGUGCCCGCCGCGCAGAGGGCCAGGUUCCAGCUGACAGGUGUCGUGAACGCUCCCGCGCUGUCUGCAUCGCUGGACGAGGGGAACCAGCCCUGGCUCCAGCUGGCGAAGGAGCUGGGCUCACUGGCCGCCCGUCUGGUCCAGGGUUCGCUGCCCGGGACAGCCAUCAACGUCACAGCCUCUGGCCCUGGUAGUGAGCGGCUGACCUUCGUUGCCACGGCAGCUGUUACUGGUUUGCUGUCUGGGCGCACACCAAAUGGGUUGAACCUGGUCAAUGCCCCAGCACUGGCGCGCGACAUGGGUGUCACAGUGACAUCUGAGAAGGCCUCUGCUGGCAGCCAGGGAGACGACACCACAGUCACUGUCAAAAUCCAGCAGGCCAGCGGGGAGGUGCACGCCGUCACUGGUACGGUCCGUGCUGACAACCGGCCCCUCUUGCUCUCUGUCGAUGGCUGCGUCUUCGACGGUGGCAUUGCCCUCGGUGGGGGCGCACCUCUGCGCCUGUUCCGUGCCGCCUCUGCCGCCUCAGCACUUGGAGCUGUGUUGGGGGCGCUGGCCUCUGCCUCCGCUUCCAUCACCGGUGUGUCUGUAGCCGCCCCUGUCGUGGAGCCGGCCAAAGGCCAACCUGCCGACUCUCACGCCUGGAUCGCUGUGCGCACCACGCAGCGCGUCGAGACCCGUGUUAACAUCCCGGGUGUCGUCGACGUCUGAAGAUUCACUUGUGCUGCUUUGGCCGAUUUGUGAAGCUACUGUGCCCAGCAGAACUCGACUUGUGUCUUCAGCAUUCAUCUCACUGGUCGAAGUGUGUUUCGUAACCUUCUGGUGCUCUGAAACUGUAUAAGGAAUGAAAUUUGGAAAUGAACUGCCAUCAGUCAGCUCUUAGCUGAUUAUCAACUGUUGCCCAGUUACUUUUUUUUUUUUUUAAGUCACCUUGUUCUUACUCCCUACCACACCAGUGGGGCACCCAGUAUCCUUUGCAGGUGGCACUAAUACCUCUUAUUUGCUAGGUGGGUGUAUCUUCAGAUUGGAUGUGAUGUGUUGAAGUUACUCCACACACCCAAACAGUCCACAUUACACAUCAUCCUUUUCCUUCCCUCAGCUCUCACCAUGACUCCUAUUGGUCAAAGGUCAUCAAGACUGUCAACAAUUGUUCUAAUAACAGAAUACUGUGGAUUAUGUACGAUUAUAGCUCACUUUCUAUUAUUUUUGUGUGUAACUCCUGUCCCGUCCCAGCCCAUCCUAAUUUUAAGUGCGAUACAGGUGUCUUACCCCAGCAUGGUAUUUUUCCCACAUAAUAAACCAUAUUUCUACCACAUUUAGUUGAAGUUGCUGGUGAUGUUCCAGAUUUGUGCCACCACAUAUGCUAGGAGAAUAUUACCACCAUGACAGUUCUCUCCUUAGUCAUAUGUCUCUCACAUAUUGAAAUAUCUCCAGGCAUUUCAGAAGCAUGCUGAGCACCCACUUCAUAUAUAUAUAUAUAUAUAUAUAUAUAUAUAUAUAUAUAUAUAUAUAUAUAUAUAUAUAUAUAUAUAUAUAUAUAUUUUUUUUUUUUUGAAGUAUUCACUGAGACUAGGCACCGAUGUUUACCUCUCCUUGUAGUAAAACAAUGAGUAAGUUUCAGUAAAAACUUGUUACCCCCUAUUUUUCACCAGAUUUGAUAGUAUAACAUGCAUCUAGCUGACUGGCCAAAACUUUUCAUUCUUACCCAAUAAAGCCUUAAUGUUUCAGACAACUAUUUAAAAGAAAAAGUGAACAGUACAUUAAUUUAUUUAACUGAUUGCAGAUUGCAACAAUAGUGCAUGGUAAAAAGGAAAAGGAAGUACAUUAAUUUAUUAAACUGAUUGCAGAUUGCAACAAUAAUGCAUGGCAAAAAGAAAAAAAUCAUAUAAAUACUGGUGCAUUCCAACCAAUUUCAAAUGAAAUGUUCUCACAGUAUUAGAAAUAAGACUUCCUACCAUAUUGUGCUGUAAUUUAACGUGCAAUGAAAUCUGAUUCAUAAAAUUAGCUUUAUGAAAACUUGAAGUUUUUAGCUUCUACUUCAAUUUUUCUGUGAGCUCUAACAUAUAUUUUCGUAAUGUAUUUUUAAUAUUUUGAAUUGCAAAUUUUUGUUUAAGAGAAAGCGUUUGACUGAUACAAUGAUUUUUGUGGUGUGUUGUAAUCAAUGGCUGUGAUAUUCAUGUACUGUGAAGGUAAAGACUUUGCUUGAACAAUGACAUUUUGUGGAUCUAAUUUCAUCAUGAAAUAAAAAAAAAAUAAUUUAAUACAGAAAAAGUUAUAAGAUUGGAAAAUAUGAACUGAUAAUGCCAAAGAAGCAUAGUCCAACACAGGAGAAAUUACCAGUUAUUCUACAGGCUGAGUUCUCUGUAUUUAAUCAUGUCUAUCUUAAUCAUAGAAGUGAAAUUCAUUCUGUCUGGUGACAUCACAUACAUUGUGCAAAAAUUGUGUUUAUAUCAGGAAACCACACAUCUUAGGAUUAGAACAGAAAUUUAUUAUCCAUGUUUCUUAAAGUCCAAAAUUUGAUUAAAUUAUAUUUGUUAAUAAACUAUACAUCAAAUUUUCUGUAUAAAAGCUCAAAAAGAAGAUGAAAAACUGACAAAAAUGGUCUAUUAGGAAGAAGGCCAACUUUUUGUUUAUCUAUUAAAUGUGUCUCUAAGUAUACUAUCUGUCUGUCCACAUCUACAUACAGUGAGAUUUAAUGGUAAUUUCUUUAUAUUAAUGUUUAAUGUACCACAUACUAGUAGACUAUGAUUUGAUCAAUAUUCAUUUAUUUUUAGCAUUGCAUCACCCUAAAUAUUGCUGUAGUUGUUACAGCAGCAUAUGUUAGUUCUGUGGUGAAAUGCAUAAAGCUUAACAGCCUAUGGUUGUGGCAAUAUUUCUUUCAAGACUGUAGUUCACAUUUUUGUCUUGAUAGUCUUAAUAACUGUAAUUUUUUGUACCUAUAUCUUCCCUUAUUUAAAAACAAAUGCCAUUGCAUUCUUUCAUUUUACAUUAUUAGAAUUAUAAAGAAAAUAAUUGAAUACAUCAGAAGAUAGUUUUUUUACUGUAAUAGUGUAAUUUUUCUGUAUGAGAAAAGCGCUGUGUAUAAAAUAAAAAUGAAAGAUUUUAAAAAUCA